GGAGCAGCGACAUGAAGACCAGGGUGCGCGACUCAAACACGCAACCGCACUUCAACAGGCAGACGAUGAUGCCUUGGAUUUAGCCGGCCCACAUGAGUGAUAUGAAUAACACACUGGACGACAUACACUCUUCUGGAAGCCUCGGAGAGAAAGCAGAGAUUUUUCAGAGUGGUAAGGGUAAUGUGAGUGGCUUUCCCAGUCCAGCCCUCAUCCCUCUGCGUACUCCUUUACUACCACCAAAUGCUCAGAAGACCAGGACUACUGUCUGCAAGGGGAAUAGGAGUCAUAAAGAGGGAGAGGAGUCAUUGGCUUCCCCUGUUCCAAACCCUUUUCCUGAGCUCAUUCCCUCAACCGUCUCCCCCCUCGUCUCCGAAUGUUUAUUACCAUGGACCAAAAGCAGUGCAACUCAGGUAAUUAAAGUGUACAAUGAAGACAACACCAGCAGAGCAGUAGAGGUUCCCAGUGACAUCACUGCCCGGGACAUAUGCCAACUAUUUGUCUUGAAGAGCCAUUGCAUUGAUGACCACAGCUGGACUCUUUCUGAGCACCUCUCUCAUCUAGGCAUAGAGAGAACCAUUGAAGACCACGAGUCUGUUAUGGAGGUGCUAUCAGGCUGGGGGAUGGACACAGACAGCCGUCUGUAUUUCAGGAAGAACUAUGCUAAAUAUGAAUUCUUCAAGAAACCUCUGGAUUUUUUCCCAGAUCACAUGGUCUCUAUAUCCAGUGAAACCAACGGGAUGAUGAAUCACUCUCAGCUCAUACAGACCUUUCUAAACUCCAGCACUUGUCCAGAGGUCCAUGGCCAUCUCCAUGCCAAAGAGCAAGGCAAGAAGUCCUGGAAGAAGUUCUACUUUGUCUUGAGGAGGUCAGGGCUCUAUUUCUCCAAUAAGGGAACCUCCAAGGAACCGAGGCAUCUUCAGUUCAUUGCUGAGUUCACUGACAGUGAUGUCUACACCCUCUUGUCAGCCAAAAAAGUACACGGCGCGCCUACAGAUUAUGGCUUCUGUGUCAAGUCAGCAAAGUGUAAUUCAGCCCGAGACCUGAAGCUGCUCUGUGCAGAUGAUGAGCAGACCAGGACCUGUUGGGUCACUGCCAUGCGCCUGUUGAAGCACGGGAUGCAACUGUACCAAAACUUCAUUCAGCCACACCAGAAACAGAAAGCUUCACCAAUGAGGAGCAUUUCGGAGAACUCACUGGUGGCCAUGGACUUCUCUGGCCAAAAGAGCAGAGUGAUUGAAAACCCAUCUGAGGCACUGUCUGUGGCUGUGGAGGAAGGUCUCUCAUGGAGGAGGAAAAGCUGCCACCGUUUGAGCUCCCAUGGGAGUCCCUCCACAUCACAGAGCUCCGUGUUAAGCAUAGCGCUCCAUUUGGCCCAGCCUUGGUUCCACAGCAGACUGUCUCGGGAUGAGGCUCACCGCCUAAUCACUCAACAGGGUCUUAUUGAUGGAGUAUUUCUUCUGAGGGACAGCCAAAGCAAUCCUAAGACUUUUGUACUGUCACUGUGCCACAUGCAGAGAAUCAAACACUUUCAGAUCUUACCUGUGGACGAUGAAGGGGAGUUGUUCUACAGUCUGGACGACGGUCACACUCGCUUCACUGACUUGAUCCAACUGGUGGAGUUUUACCAGCUAAACCGUGGGGUGCUGCCCUGCAAGCUCAAACACCACUGUGCCCGGAUCACCCUGUGAACAAGGGCCCCACGGGACCUCGGGGCCCGCAUGCACCUUAACUACAGGGCCUUUCUGGACAAGCACUCCCAGUGUUCUCGUGCCUUGAGAAUAAAGGACACACAGACUAACUCAACAGCCAUGCUAACUGAAACCACUGUUAUCACCAACUAGAGGCAACUUCCACAAUGUGGUAACUUGUGAUUUUUUUUUUUUUCCAACAAAACAUCAAACUGACUCGAGCAGUACAAUAAUACAUACUAGCUGACCACAGGUGCUGCAGCAGUUGAAGAUAAUACUAGAUAGUGCUGAGGGUAAUCUGUGUUUGUUACCUUGGUGGAUCCCGAUGUGGUGGCAGAUCCCAAAUAAACCCCUGUGGUGUGAAUUCCAAACUUGAGUUAUUGUACUGUAUAUAUCGUAGAGCUGAAUUCUUAUGGUAAGUGGCUCAUAUGAUUCACUCUAGCAUCUCGACAUGAAUGAAUGAGAAAAUCCUGGAAAAUAACAUGCCUGAUAUUUGACAGCUUUCAUUCAGAGCGUUUCAUUAGACUGUCUGCUGCGGUAUGUACAGCUGUGGAUCUCGUCAGUCAUUGGCUGGAUGUUCUGAAUCUGGACAAGGGCAUCAUUGCCUGUUUUGCAACCACGUCAUGCUGGGAACACCUCUGUCCUUUUUCAUUUGAGUAAAACUAAGCUAUCUUGGUUUUUAUUGUCGUUGUAUCUCUAAGUAUUCAGGUAUUUUUUAAAGAAGAUUAUUGUUGUCGUUUUCUAUUUGAGAGAUAAAAUGACCUCUGAGGAAGUGACACUGUGCAUGUCCUACAAGCUGAACUGAGACUGCUGUAGAAGGAGAAAGAGAGGUAGAGAGAGAGAGAGAACUUGCACACAACCUCACUAGCCUGCACUGUACAUUCAUUUGAAAUGUAUGCAUAACAUUUAAUUUGUUGUGAGCUUGCUCUAUGGCAAGGGCCGUGAAGUAUAUUUGACUACUUUCAGAUUUGAACCAUGAAGAUGAAAUCAAAUUUGACUGAUUUUGAUCCUAUCUGAAAUCACUGUAUACUGAAAUUGUGUUUUAUAUCAGCUUUUUUCCAAGAUUCAGGAAGACAAUGUGCAACACCUGGGUUGGUUGUAUUUUGAUGUUAUUACCACUACCGUGAAUAUACAGUGUCAAAUAUUGUUCUUCAUUUUUGAAAUGCCAUGAAUGCAUCGAAUUUUAGAGACAAGUUGUUCUGAGACAAAUUGUAACAUACAUUGACAUUACCAAGUUGUGUUAGUGAGUUGUUUUAUUUGUUUCAGCUGGAGAACAGUGCAUUGAACAAUGAAUGUCAUGGACUGCAAAGUUUUAUAAAAAAAAAAAAAGAAAAGAAAAGAAAAGAAAAAGAAAAAAGAAAGAAAGAAAAAAAGUGUGUUUGCACUGUAUUACUUUUUUGUAAC